AUGUGCGGGACUUCUUUCAGACAUCGACGAUCAUAUAAUGUUGGGACUAGAUAGUACGAGUCUUGGAGACUAUAUUCUUUAAAUUGAAUGCUACGAAUAGGAUUCCACCCUGCUGCUACUCGAGCAUGACAAGCCGAGGCCCAAGCUAACAUAUCUUGAUCACUGACACUCCGAGCUUCUACAAUAUCAAGACAGCUUCCUCACUCUUCCUCAUCAUUUUCAAGUAACCUCAUCUUGAAUCACAAUCACCAAAAUGUCGUCCAACCCACUCUUCACCCUCUCAAUCCCCAACAGCUCCGGCGGAACAAUAACAUGCACUUCUCCAUCUCUUAAAGUCUACCUCCUAACCUUCACCUCUCCACCCGACAACCGACUCCUAACACCCUUCUGCCAAACCCUUCUACUCGCUCUCGACAUAUUAGAAUUCUCCCACCCACAUGGCGUCCUAAUCACCACUUCUGGCAUCCAGAAAUUCUACAGCAAUGGACUUGAUCUCGAGCAUUCAUCAUCCACACCUAGAUUCUUUCCCAACAGUCUAUUUGCACUGUUCAAGAGAUUAUUGACUUACCCCAUGCCCACCAUCGCUUUAAUAAACGGCCACGCAUUCGCGGGGGGCUUCAUGCUGUCCAUGUACCACGACUACCGCGUAUUCAAUCCCAGUCGAGGGUUCCUCUGCCUUAACGAACUUGAUCUAGGCGUUCCCCUCAAACCUCCUAUGUCUUCUAUAUUCCGACAAAAGCUCGUACCCGCAGUGUAUAAAACUAUGGUAUUGGAAGCGAAGAGAUUUAGCGCAAAGGAAGCAUUGGAAAGCGGUAUUGUCGAUGUGCUGGGAGGAUUGGACGAGACGACGAGGUUUAUUGGAGAAAGGAAGUUGAGUGAGAAAGCUAAGACAGGUGUUUAUGGGCUGUUGAAGGCGGAGAUGUUUAGGGAGACGUUGGGAUAUAUUGAUGGGUACGAGACAGAAGAGAAGAGGGAUAAAGAAGAUUUAGAGAAGGAUGAGAAGAGGAAGGAAGAGGGUGUAAGGAAAGUCGCUGAGUGGGAGAGAAGUGCAUCAAAAGCUAAACUAUAGAAUUGGAUAUGAAUCACGACUGAAUAUUGCAUUGGGACAGACUUCAUGGUUCAGUUGUCUUGUAUAAUUCUCAGACUCAUUGACGCCAAUUCGUCACUCAUUAAAGCGUCUCGAUAUUGUACAGUUAACGCCAGCCCAAUGCCAAUGCCGUUGCCUCC